CGCAGAGGCGCUCCAUAAGGGAGGAGGAAGAGCAGCACAUUUUGGUGUUGGGGCUCGUCAGCGCGCACAGCAUCUUGGCUGAAGCGUCCAGCUCUUUUGCUCUGCAGAAUGAGUUCAUUUAGUACAAGGGCGCUGACGCUGCUCUCUUCGGUUUUUGGAGCCUGCGGCUUGUUGCUGGUGGGGGUCGCCGUAUCGACGGACUACUGGCUGUUGAUGGAGGAAGGAAUCAUCCUGCAGCAGAACCAGACCACUGAGGUCAAGAUGGCUCUGCACUCGGGUCUUUGGAGAGUCUGCUUUGUGGCAGGACCUGAGAAGGGCAGAUGUGUAGCAUCUGAAUACUUUACCGAACCAGAGAUCGAGAUCACCACUGAAAAUACAGCCAACAUACUCAAAAUGGUUCGAACUGCCACUCCUUUCCCCAUGGUCUCCCUGCUGUUCGUCUUCACGGCCUUCGUCAUCAGCAACAUCGGUCACAUCCGACCUCAGCGCACUAUCCUGGCCUUUGUUUCUGGCAUAUUCUUUAUUCUAUCAGGUCUCAGUCUGGUGGUGGGGUUGGUUUUAUACAUUUCGAGCAUCAACGACGAGGUGAUGAAUCGGCCCAGAGAGCCUGAGCAGUUCUUCCACUACCGCUAUGGCUGGUCCUUCGCCUUUGCUGCGUCGUCCUUCCUGCUCAAAGAGGGCGCUGGAGUGAUGUCUGUCUACCUCUUCAUGAAGCGUUAUGCUGAGGAGGAACUUUACCGCCCCCACCCUGCACUCUAUCACCCCCGUAUGUCUGACUGCAGCGACUACAGCGGCCAGUUCCUCCAUCCAGAUUCCUGGGCCCCACCGCAGCGUGGCCGCAGUGCCUCUGACGUCUCCUCCGAUAUCUCCAUCCAACUCAACCAGACCCCCCCGCCGCAACAGCAUCUCAAGGGGGGCAGCAGCUCCCAAGCGACACCUUCUUCCUCUGGACCGUCUUCCGCUGCCAGCUACCAGUUCAACCCGGCCUCCUCCUCCUCCACAUCCUCUUCUUAUCCACACCCCCUCCACCCAGGUGCCACCUCCACCCUAACCAGAGCUUCCCACGCACACGACCACUAUCAGCCUCACCCCCACCCAAGCGGGCCUCCUCCUCAGUCCCUUCCUAUGGCAGCACCUCCCUCUGCCAUGCCCCCUCCUCGCUACCACACCAGAAUGAGUGCCUCACCAUGCUAGAAAAAAAGGCAGCAAAGGGGAGAGGGAGGUGUACUUAAGAUUUUGAGGUGGGGGGGGGGGGGUUGCUGUUACAGCUCCUACACAUUACAUACCAAGAUGAACACAACCACAGGUCCUUUCCUCUCUACAGACUGUGGAGGAGGGUUUCCAAAAAGGAGGCUGAAAGGACGAGGAUGAAGAGCAUGAAGAGACGAGGGGAAGGUGGAGGAGGGGGGACGGGUGGGUGGAUGACUCACCACUGAACCCCAGAUGAAGAAAGACCCUUUACAAAAACAUUUCAGACACAGACAGGGAACAUAAGGGUUUAAGGGCGACAAGAAAAGUGUGUGGUCUGUGACGACCACAUUCAUCUUCAGGGUCGCGAUACUCAGGCAACCAGGAGAAGCAGCGCUGGAGGCGGGGAGCUCUUUGACAACAUGCUAGCUUCUCUCAAACUGGAACUAGUCUAUUUUCAUCUGAAAAGUUCAAUUCUUCUUGUUAGCAGCUGUUUAGAUAUUUAUUUUAGACUCAAAAAAUUUCAAGAAACGAGAAAAUGAAAACUGCAGUAAGCUUUGAAAGACCCACACCUUCACUGUUAGUAGCUGUGGUGGCAUAAAUUUAUAUUCUAUUCAACAUAAAACCGAUUUUUAUAAAACGUGUCAUAUUUAAAACAAUAAACCAUAAGGUUUUACUUUCAAUUUGAGACAAACAUUUAAAAAUGUUUCAGUCGACACAUGCGUGUUCCAAGACUGUUAAAUGUGCUCAUUUUGGUCGCCUAGAUACAGAAAAAAAACGAUCAAGUGUCCUAAAGAUCCACUCUGAUCAUCUUGCGAUUUAUUUUAAAAGCAUCCCCAUUGGUCUUUUAAUUAUGAGUGCGCUGUUAUUAGCCAAAACCCUAAAACUUGUGUUGUUUUCUAGAACAUAGUUUUUGCAGAGGGGCAGUAGUUCAUUAGAAAUUUGCCUCUGAGUUGUGGGCGGGACCGUUGGUGGAUCUAGUUGUCUAAAAGCAGGUGCUUUAGAAGCUUAUGGAGCAGGGAGCUUGUGGCUUGCCGUUGUAGCUUCUACAUCACAGCUGCAAGCUUUUCUAAAGCCAUUUUUUUGUCUGCUCCUGAUUUACAAUGAUAUGAAUAAAAAAUACUCAGAAAAGCUAGUUUUAUUUUCUUUAUAUUGUAUAUGCCAUCAAUCAUGAAGAAAAUGCCCGAAAAACAUGUUCACCAAAAACUAGAUUUUAAUCAGAGGGGUCUUUAAUUGGGCUGAGUGAAAGAGGCAAAUCUGUUGGUGCAAAUCCCCAAAAACACAAAGUUCUAAGAGUGUAAAACUCAUGUUUGCAAAGAGGUUUUGAAUGAAGUUCUCAUGUUCUAGAAAGUUCUUUAAGGUUGUUUUUUUUUUUUGUUUCUUGUGACAUAAUUCAUCUACACCAAAUUUGGUAACUGUAGGUAUAAAACUGGAGUUGUCUGACACUACAGGUCUCAAACUCCAGGCCUCAGGGACCAAGUGUCACUCAUGUUUUCCAACUGACUUGUAGCUUGAAACUCAAAGUGGCCUGAAUUAGCUUCAGCUUUAGAAAUAAGUGGUUCAGGGGAUGCAUGGUUCUCAACAGACUUCCAAAGUCUAGCUCAAAUGGGCAUUCCAUAAAAAAUGUUAAAAUAUUUCUUUUUGCUGUUUUGGGAAAAGUGACUGGACUAAUAUCAGUGGAAACAGAUUAACUCGUGUUGCGUUUAUUUAUUUUUUCUUCAUCAGAACAUGACAACAAGAGUUUUUUAAUUCAUUUUAAUUUUUAACAAGUGUAUCAUGACCUUGAUGUGAACUAUCGAAUACCCUCUAAAGACAAAACUGUGAUGAGUAGACAUUUUUACUCCAGAUGUUUAGAUUCCUGGUACCCCUCUUAUAGAUAUGCAUCCUCUUCCACCAAGAAGUCCAAUAAAAAUAAUGCUUUUGGGCUUUUAGGUUUUCUAGGUAGUUUGUAAUGUAAGAAACAUGUUUAGGAAAUGAAUGUUUGAGGUUCUCAAGAGAACUUCUGUGGGAGCUCCAAAUAAUUGAGUCUCUUUCAGCUAAAUGGGAUUGAUGACGAUCUUCCAGCAGAAGGUUUUGUUUAAAAUCUUGUGAAUUAAUAUUCAGUUUUUGUUGUUUUAAUUUAUUCAUCCAUUACAGAGCAAAAGAACUCUUCCAUAACUCAAAUUCCAACUCAAUGCUGAUAUUAGCUACCAAAAAAACGAAAUAUUGGUGGAAUGUUGUAAUAGAAAGCUAACAGAUAUGUAUGUGAGAGGUUUCUAUUGUUUACUAAAAUAGAUUUAUCUUGAACUUCCUGAUGUACUUUAAUGAAAUAAAGUAGCACAUGCUUCCUACAUUCAAGGAUUAGAGGUGAUAGGUCUGCAGGAAGAAGUUUCGAGAAAGUAGAUUUCCUUAUUUUUGCAUAUUUGUCACACCUUUCCUAUAAAUAAACCAAAAUAAGUCAAAUAAAUAUAAAGGUUUAUGGUUCCAUGGGAUAAAUCAAGUUGUCCAGGUCUCAGGGGGUGCCUUGCAACCCCACACCAUCACACUACCACCACCAUGUCUAACAUGUGCACCUGUUUUAUUUUUUUGAAUGGCUACCUGUUUGGUUUUAAAUGUUAACAGCAUACCAAACCUUUUUUUAAAAGUUCUUCUCGAUGUAUAAUUACUCCAAUGCAUCCUCCAGAUGUUUUUAUCAAAUCUCUAUUCUUUCUGCUCAGCAGAUUCCUUCUCCAUGAAUCCAUUGUGGUACAAAUGUCUCUUUCUUCUUGUGGAAUCAUAAACUCUGACUUUGACUGAGUAAAGUGAGUUUUGCUGUCCCUUCCAUGUUGGCUUGCUUCUUUUAGGAUGUCCUGAAUGAGUUUUUGUUUUGUUCUUGGACUCAUUUUGGUCGUUUGGUCACCCCUGAAAUUUCUCCACUCUUCUAAGUAUUCUCCAUUUGUGGAGAAUCAUCAAGUUUGAGUCCUAAAGUGGCAGAAACAUCUGUUUUUAUUUAUUUUAGACCAAAACAUGUCAGUUUGGGGAUUUCUUGUUUUUAAUUGUUUUGUUUGUUGUUGUUUUGUAGUCACAAAAUGAGUUUCUGAAGAUUUUCCUCUAUCAUGGAAUAUUUAGGUCUUGGUUUGGCUAAACAAAACUCAUCCCAUCUUAACAGAAUCAGUAUUUUUUUCAAACUACAUGACAUAGGGGCAAUUAUUUUUUUAACAUGCACAAAAUAUGUCAAAUCCGCUUUCAAAAAUGACCUUUUCUAUUGACCUAUACCUUUGGUGUGACAUUUAUGCAAAAAGACUGUUAGAAAUGUGUGUAAGAGCUGGAGCUUAGAUGAAAAGCAAACUGAAAAUGUGUGUUUACCUCAUCUAUAAUGUAGGUGAAAGAUUCUAAAGCAGAACCGUGGUUUCUGUCUGUGUGACGUAGCUGUGCAGUGAUGGUCUCCACAGUCUGUUUUGACAGCUUCUUGUCGGCUCAUUGUGCAAAGUUUCAGUAAAACAGAAAAACCUGCUUUUAUCCAAACUGUUGUUUCAGUGACCGGAGAGAUUGCUUGUUUUUGUAGCACAGUAAAAAAUCGUGCAUAAAUUAAGGCAUUUUUUGGAGCCAUUUUUAGAUUGGUGGGGGGCAUUAUGCCCCUUGUCUGUGGUUCCGUUAGAGAUGUAGCAAAUGAACUGCUUUGUUAAUAGCAUAUUUUAUGAUUAUGUGUCAUGUAAUGAUUGAAUAGGGAAAUGUUUGGCUGCUGAUAAGAGCUUCUGCAAAUGUUUUUUUAUUUAUUAUUGCCAAAGCUGAGCAACAAUGCUUCUGUGUACAUCACAGGUUUAUGUAGCUGACCUCAGAACCAGCAGGGUUUCCAUGAGAGAAAGUCUUCAAACUGUGAUUAGGGUGUAAAUACUUUUAUCUCUCAUACACAUUCAACCAAGGACAACUUUUCAUUAAAGUGUGGGAUAAUUUACACAGUUGUGUAAAUGUAUACAUGACUCAGUUAUAGUAGGUUUUUGUCCAAAAUGAACCAUAAAAUGUAAACAUGCUUUUAUGUUCUCUCCAUUCAUGAAAUUGUAGCAUUGCAGUGUUAUUUGCAAGCAGAUUUUUUUUCUUAACCUUGAACUAAUAAAAUUUGCCUGGGUCCUGAG